UCCUGGUCCUCGUCGCGUGGUUGCCCUCUCCUCUCCUCUCGUGUCUCGUCAUCUCCCUCCCUCGGUCUCUCCUCCCCCAAUCCUAUCUCCCCCCAUCCCACGAAUUCCAGCAAACCCUAGGAUUCCCUUCCCCCGAUGUCUGACCCGCCGAGCAGAGACGAAUCCCGUCCCCCCUUCACCACCUCCUCCGACGACGACGAGCCGGAGACGUCCGGAUCGGAGCAAGGAGGGCGCGGGGGCGGCGGAGGAGGAGAUGACGCCCACCGCCCGAUACCCCUGCGGCAGCAGCUCGUGGGGGCCUGCCGCGCCGACGACCGCCUCAGGCCCCUCCUCACCCUCAACGUCUCCUGCUCCGCCGCCGAGAACCGCUUCAUCUCCCACCUCUCCCAGCACUUCGAGGUCUCGGAGGUGGGCAUGCUCGCCAGGUGCCUCUGCGUUCCCCUCGUCUCCCUGCGCGUCGGCAAGGUCCACCGCCGCGGCUCCCUCCUCUGCCCAACACCCAUCAGAGGGAAGCUGAGCCUUGGCCUUCUUCCUUCAUCGAGCAUGCACAUUACUUUCUCUGGUGAUGAUGGUCAUUCAGAGCAACUAGCACUCUUAAGCGAUGCCUUUGAAGAUUCAGAAGUCAGGGUUGAAGAAAUAUCAGCUGAUAAUUCUGGACGUUCUUUCCUCAUCAGGAUUUCUGAAUCUAAAGUAUUUUACUACUGGUGUGCUGAAAAGUCAAAGGAAUGUGGAAUGGAGCUUCUUGCAAAGAUGAAAAAUCUACUUCAGGGCAGGCCAACCCUCUCUGAUCUCACAGGCAUCUCCAAUUCACGACUUGAUGCUUUUGUCACUAACUUACAUGCUUAUCUUCGCGCACCAAGUAUUGGAGAUGCUAAAUCGUUGGGAUCAUCUAGCGACUUCUUCAGUAUUUCAAUAUCACAUGGUCAACUUUUACAACCCCCAUCAGUCGUUUCCAGGCCUUCAAGGUCUCGCACCUUUACGGCUAAUGCAACAAAAACAAGUUCAAUCUAUCAAGCCAGUCUGAGCCCAAGGUCCAACACUUUUAAAGAUGGGGUGCCAAGGAACUCUUGUACAAAGGUUGUUGGAAGGGAGAAGCUGAAGCGGCACGGUGAAUGGUUGAGCCCAUCAACUGCUCUGGCUGAUGCAAAUCCGUUGAUAGCGAAGAGUCUUAACCCUGAUUCAUCCAGUGAGGCGUGUGAUGGGGAUUGUUUAAAAGACAGUGUGACUUCAGCUCCUUCAGAUUUGCCUCUUUCAUUUCCCUUGCUGCCACCUCUUUAUCCUUUUCCGACUCAAUGUCCACUCUCUGAGGGUUCUUCAGAGAGUCCGUUUAAGCCGUACUAUUGCUGGUGUCCGCCAUGCCCAUCAUCACUGCAGUACAGUGUAACUCCUCUGCAUAUGCCAGUAACAUCUGUAGAACCAUUUCCCCAACCACCUUUGAGCUCACUGGUAUCUAAUGAACAACCGUCUGCUUCAUCAAUUUCUGCAAAGCUGGGUACCACUGAUCCACCUACACUUAACUUUCCAUCAAUACUGCAUGAUCCCGUACUUCACCUGCCGCUUCCUACUUCAACACUUGUUCCCCUACAUGGUUCUGUGGUUUCCACAUUUCCUUUACUUCAUCUGCCGUUUCCGACUUCACCACUUGUUCCUGUGCAUGGUUCGCAGGUUCCAACAUUUCCUCUGCUUCACCUGCCACUUCCUACUUCACCACUUGUCUCGCUGCAUGGUUCACAGGUUCCAACGUUCACACCGUUGAUGUCUGAUCCUAUUGUGCAUGUCCCAGUGAUUGAUAUGUGUUCCUCCGGUCAGGCUUAUCUGGUGAGUUGUGGGCCUUCUAUAACUUCAGCUGUUCCCCUGCUGCCUAGCUUGAACCCUCUGGUUCCAGAAACAGAAUCGCUGGUUGAGAGAAGUGCUAGGGAAACACUAAUGAGGCUUAUAGCUUCAACACCACCGUCAAGCCACCCCCAGUUGAUCAACAUUCUCCCUGCAGUCCUGACUGAUGUGCCUGAAAAUAUUUCCCGGUCUGCUAAUGUGAACAUGCAUGUUGGUGUCCAUCGGAAUGACAUACUUCUUAGUUCAUCUUGGGGUGCUAAUGUGAUCGGAAGUGGGAUUGCAGCCAUGGAACUGCACCCGGAGGAGGAGGUUUCCAGUGGGCAUGAUGCUCAUACAAUGGUUUCAUUCACAGAGUUUGAUGAUGUCAAUGUCGAUCGUGAUCAGCCCCAUUUCAGGAGAAUGUAGAUUGACAUGGGGAUUGUCUCGAGCUCUUUGUUUGUUUGUAAUGUAAGAAUAUUUUGAACGGUAGUUAUCUACAUGGUAAUAGGCUUACGCUGCCUGUUUCCUAUGGUCUCUGCCCAGCUAAAAGGCUGAUUUGGUUCAUAAAUGUAAUUAUUUGUAUGUACUGUAUUUUAAUUUGGCAAAAACGGCAAAGCUAGUAUUUUUUU